GCGGCCCCGGAAGCCGGCGAUGGCGCGGAACGUGCUGUAUCCUCUGUACCAGCUGGGCAACCCCCAGCUGCGGGUCUUCCGCACCAACUUCUUCAUCCAGCUGGUGCGGCCUGGCACAGCCCAGCCUGAGGACACUGUGCAGUUCCGGAUCCCCAUGGAGUAAGGCCCACCCUGGGCUCGGGCGCGCCCGGCCCCCACCUCACCAAAGUUCUCCAGCCGGAGCCCAUGCUCCAAGGCCUGGCGUGUGCGGAGCGCCGCUGAGGGGGUGCUGGGCGCUCUGGUUCCACGGAGGAGGCGCGGCCUGGGACCCCCUGCUUUUUCUUGCAUCAAGCCUGGCUGCCCUUCCCAGGAAGCUGGGCCGGGCUCCUGCCCCCACUCACCGUGGCUUCCAGAGCCUUCGUCCUGGGGAUGACCAGAGUGGACCUCAGGAAUUAUCUCGAGCGCAUUUACAACGUGCCUGUGGCCGCCGUGCGGACGAGGGUGCAGUACGGUUCCAACAGGAGGAGGGAUCACAGGAACAUCAGGAUAAAAAAGCCAGACUACAAGGUGGCCUAUGUGCAGCUGGCGCUCGGGCAGACCUUCACCUUCCCAGACCUGUUUCCCGAGAGGAAGGGCGCCUCUGUGGACGUGGACGUCCGGGACCAGGUCCUGGAGGACCAGCGGCAGAAGCACAGCCCCGACCCCCGGCGCGGGGGUGUCCCCGGCUGGUUCGGCCUGUGACGUGGGGCCGUGACAACGUGAAUAAAAGUGCUGCCUGUGGACACUGGCCCGGACUCUGAGGGCUCUGUCCCCCUCCCCCCGUGAGCAGGGCCGCCAGUGGGUCACCCUGAGCCGCUCUGGGAGAGAGCGCCUGCUGGGUGGGCGAGGGGUGCCAGCUCCAGGAGGGAGCCUGUGCAGGCCGCGGUCUGGGCUGGGGGUCCAGGGAGUGCUGUUUAGGCCGCUGACCCAGAGAGAGGGCUGGAGGCAGGAAACAGACCACGUCUGGGGAGAUGGCCGGGCCGAAGGCGUGCGGAUAGGAAAUGGAGUGUGGCCAGGGGUGGCCAGCACGCGGGGGCGGCUGGUGGGGAAGAGGGGCUGUCUGGGGGCGCCCAAGGUGAGUGGGGCUGGAGGUGGCCUGGUCCCCUGCUUCUCGGGGUCUUGGGAUCUGCCUGCAGCUUGAGUUCUCUUAGGAUCACGCUCGGCACUGAGCCUUACCGAGCGCCCCCAGAAGGCAGCGCGCGCUGGCCGAGUGCGUGAGCGAGGCCCUGCAGGCUUGGCUGGACGAGCAUGUGCGUGGGCCGGGCCUGGAGGCCCGGGGGGCAGGCGGGAAGGCGCUGCUGGCCUGUUUGGGGAACCGGGCCGUAUCGGCCCCGUGCAGCUCAGGACCACUCAGGGCCAGUGUCCUCCGUGGCUUCCUGGUCCCCGACUCCCCCCGCCCUUCCCUCUGCUGGUGGCCACCUCCAGGGGCCUUGCAAGGGGAGGCAGAGUGGAGAGCUGGCUCAGCCGUCCCCCUCCACCCCGAGGGACGCUGGCGUCGCAUGACGUGGGCCUUUGAAGCUCCCCUCCACCUGGAGGUGAGGGUUCAGGGAAACCCCACUCUUCAGCGUUGGUUUAAGGUGAUGGGGAAGCUGCCAGGGGUGGGGGUGGGGCGGAGUCAGUGGCAUUCUCCUUAGAGAAAUAAUUCAUGGGGCCCCAUGGCCCCGAGGACCCCGACUCAAGGUCGGGAGAGGAAUCCAUCCUUUGUCCGUCCUUCCAGCACCAGCCGCCCGCAUGCCCGUGAUAUGGGUCCCUGCUCCGCCAGCCUUGGCCCUCACCCCCCUGCCACCUAGUGGCCCUCUGCUGUCCUUGCUGUGCCCCCAGCGCCCCCAGGCCUGGCACCCGCCCUUCACAGCCCCAGGAGGAGGAGGGGCCGGCCAGGGGCAGCAGCCUCAGUCUCCUGCGCACCCGCGGGCAGCAGAGCCGAGUGCGCGGGCGGGGACAGCAAGUGGGCUUCAGCUGGGGGUCUCCUCGGCUCCACCCCCGACACGGAGGAUUGAGGGGGCUACUUGCUACCGCUCCCGGCCUGGAGGCUGGAGCCGGUGCCUCGGGAGCCUCUGCCCAGGACGAUGGGCCCCUCCCAAGGUGGUGGCCCAGACGUCCCGUCCCAGCAGCCCUGCCCCCCGGCUCCCCACCCCCCGUGGGGCCCCCUAGGCUGGGCGCCAUCCUCCCCCUUACAUCCAAGAGGCCCGUCCCCUGCUGCAGGGGGAACUCCUGCGGGCCUGCCUGGGCUGCACAGCCUCCCGAGGGGGGGGGACUGGGGACUCGCCCUCCCCCAGGGAUGGUCCUGCUGGGAGUACCCCAGGCCAGUGCCCACCGCACGGCCCCCCCGUCUGUAUGGCCACGUGUCACGCUGGGUGGGGGGUGCGAGCCCCACGGUGCGGCAUGUGACGGGGGGCUGGGGGCUGCGCCGGGCCCUGCUCAGAGCCGCAGGCCUGUGCUGAUGAGUUAUAGCUGCAGCAGGCCCGGCCCAGGGCCCACGGGGAGGCAGCCCAGACCCCCCAGCAGCCCCAGGUGAGGCCCAGCCGCCAGGGCUGCCGGGAGGGAGCGGAAACCCAUCUGGCCACAGCCCCUCCGUCGGCAUCUGGUUUUCCUCUUCGAGGGCCAGAAAGUCUCCCCGGGGCUGCAUCACGCUGUCAUCCCAGCUCCAAGCCCACGGCUUCAGGAACCGACCGCAGGUGACCUGCCGCCUGGCUGGGCCCCACUGCCGGGGGGGCCCCCUCUCGCUUCAGCUGCCGGGACCCCAGUUGAGUUGGAGGUCACCUGCCUGCUGGGGGCUCCGCCUUCUGGGCCCGAGCAGGGGACCCAGGCCCAGGGACCCGGCAGUUCUUGUCGGCCCCUCCCGCCUCCCAGGUUGUAAAACAGACGAAACUAAGCUGUCGGGCCCCUGAAGGCAGGGCUGCGGGGCUCCUCUCCCGCUCCCACAAACAUGGGCUCUCGGCCCGGCCCGGGGACGAGUGAGCGAGCAUGUGCCUGUGAAUAACCCGCUGGAGACACCCCACUCGGCCCGCAGGACAGCCUGGCCGGCCUUGCCCGGGGAGCCUGAGAGGUGGGCCUGGCCCGCCACGUCUGCGCGGAGGCUGACUUCGGGCUGUAGGGCGCGGUCGCCUGCCUCACCCCCUGAGGCAGGAGAGCUGGUCCAGGCGGGUUCUCCUGUGCUUUCCAACUGCUUUAUUGAGGUUCUGUCCACCCCCCCCACCCUCCAAAGCACAUGGUUGGGGCUGUGUGUCCAUCCCUAGGUCAAUUCUGAAGCACCCGCACGGGGCCCAUGCUCGCCGACCCCCACGCCCGGCCUGGCCCUGCCAACCACGCGUCUGCUUUCUGUCUCCACGGAUUUGCCUGGUCUGGACAUUUCGUGGAAGUGGAGUCAUGCAGCGUGUGGCUGUCGGUGUCUGGCUUCUGUCACGCCACGUCCUGCCCUCCAGGUCCCCCCGGGGCUGUUGCCGAGUCAGGCUGCCCCUCUUUUUUCAGGUUGAGUAAUACUCCGCCCCGUGCCCAGGACGCGGCGCGAAUCUGUCUGUCUGCUGACAGCCCGGCGUGUGUUCCCAUCGCUCUGGGGGGUGGGUGCUUCGCCGGGAAUGUUUCGUGCGAGGCGGGUGCUGCCUCUGCCUCACCGGCGACAAGGGUGUGUAUCAGCCCCUCCCUGCCAGCUGCGGAGCGGCGGGCAGCUCCCGUACCGCCCGCCACCGAGGCCCGUGGGGACGCCUUCCACAGCCUCUCGCGGGACUCUGGGGGCUCUGCCGCGGCGGGAGCUGCCACUUCAGUGAGGCUGGCACGGGGAGAGGGUGUCCAGCCCCAGCACCCCCACCCCGUGCCUCUCUCCUUCCACGCGGCUCUGGCCCUUGGAAACCCUCAAGGGCCCAGGCGUGGGGGCCGGCAAACGGGGGCACGGCUGCCUGUCGCCAUGGGCACGGGGCCCACCCCAUCUUCACCCCCUGAGACAAAGUUUUCCGCCCUCCCAGAGUCAGGUGCCACAGGGCAGCCCCCCAUUUCUGCCAGUGCCCCAUGCCUGCUUCCCCUGCCCUGCCCAGGCGCUCGGCUUCCCGGGAGAAAGGGGGAGGCGUCCGGACUGGGGCCUCCCUCCCAGGUUCCCAGCCACCCACCUGGGGGAGCUGCCCCGCAGGGCUCGGCCCACACACCACGAGGGCGACACGGGGACACGAGGACAGCGGCCCGGGGAGCCCCAGCCAGGACGGCUCUCCACGUGGGCUGCGAGGCCGACCUGUUCAGCCUCUGAUACCCUCUGAGAUCACCCCCAGCGCCAGUCCCCCCAAAUCACCUCGUUACUUCUCUGUAAAUAGGGCUUUUCCUCGUCAAAAUAAUCAGUGUUUUUUUUCGCU